UACCCUCUACUGAAACUUCAGUCCCUAACUCAAGGCAGAGGGGAAGUUGGGAGUUGUCUGUUUGUUUUUAAAAUAAUUGUUCCAACAAAAUUAAGGGGGUAUCCUGGAAACUGAAAGGGAAGUGAUUGGUACCAGAUUGUCUGUCUUCAGUUCGUCUGGGAAGAGACUGCUGCAUCUCUACUCACCAAACACACCAGCAUUGAGAGAUAAAAUAAAAAGCUUCUGCCUUCUUUGUCCCCCUAUUGAUGUGAUCAACUGCGCUUACUCCAGCCAAAUCACGAGAAAAGGAUGGAAGAUAAGAACCUCUUCCUUGCUUUAUUUCUCUGCUCCAUUUUGCUUUCAACUGCCUAUUCACACAUGAUCUUUGAGGAGAACAAAGACGCCAAUCUGGCAACCAGCAACAAAAUGAAACUCCCAGAUCUCCCACCCAUCUCUAUAGUAGAAUUAACCAAAACAUCCCGGAAAGUAAGCAGGAAAGAGGCAGAGAAGAAGAAAGAAUCCAAGAGAAAGACCCAGAAAAGAAAAUCCCGCAGGCCCAGGCCCACACUCCCAGCUAAUUGUGUGGCUACUUGGAAAAACUGCAAGCCACCCUCUCCCCCGUGCUGUGAUGUCUGCACCUUCUGCCACUGCCGGCUUUUUCAGACUGUCUGCUACUGCCGAGUAGGAAACCCAAACUGCUAAACCCACACCAGGAAGGCAGUGCUGGAACUCUGUCAUUAACUGCUCCAGAGUUUGUUGCAACCUGUUUUUCUCGUGUGCAUUGCAAGCGAAGUAUAGAGUCUUUGAAGCUUUCCCGCUGGCUUUGUGUUCCCCAGACCUGAAUGAACGCUGGGGUUUACCUCAUGGAACAAGCACUGUGGCCCACAAGUAAAUCAUUACAGGGAGUGUGAGGGAGGGGGGAUGGAGGCUGACGGGCUGACAGAGUAUUUAGAACAGAACUGAAUGGGAACAGGUUCCAGUUCAAGGAAGAUUUGUUUCUUUCAGAAAUGUGACAUCUCACCACAGGCUGUAAGCGUCUAUGAGGAGGACCCAGGCUGAAUGCCCUAGGUUGUCAGUGUCCAUCUACAGUAUGAAACUGGCCGCAUUAAAACAAGUUUGGUUAACACAACAGGGGACCUAGUGUUUAUAACAUAAGAAUGGCCACACUGGGUCAGACCAAAGGUCCAUCUAGCCCUGAAUCCUGUCCUCUGACAGUGGCCAAUGGCAGAUACCCCAGAGGGAAUGAACAGAAAAGGUAAUCAUCAAGUGAU